GUGAUGGGAGGAGGAGAGCUGCCAGGGCUUCUGGUCAGUGCCAUUGGCGGUGCCCAUGGGGUCCUGCUCUCCCAUGUGCCCCUCCUGAGGCAGCAUUUCUCCCUUCUCACCAUGGAGGAGCUGCUCCAGGACAGGGAGCACCUGAGUGGGAAGGUCCAAGCAAUCUACCUGUGGUGGCACAGACCUGUGGUGGACCAGGAGCUGCUCCAGAGCCUGCCAAACCUGAGGGUGAUUGCCAACUCCGGGGCGGGCAUGGACCACCUGGACCUGGGCCUGGUGGCCAGCUUUGGGGUGAGGAUGGCAAACGCUCCCCGGGCCGUGGCCAGCAGCACAGCCGAUGCCGCCAUGGCCCUGCUGCUGGCAUCUGCCAGGAGGCUUGUGGAAGGCUGCCACCUUGCAGUGUCCCCAGGGCUGGAGUUCUCUGAGGCUGACAUCCUGGGAGUUCAGGUCACUGGAGCUACCCUGGGCAUCAUUGGCAUGGGCAGCAUCGGGUACAAGAUUGCCCUCAGAGCCAAGGCCUUUGAGAUGAAGGUCUUGUACCACAACAGGACACGGAGGAGCCGGCAGGAGGAGCAAGCCGUGGGAGCCACUUUCUGUGAGGAGAUGGAGAGCCUGCUGCAGCAGGCAGACUUUGUGGUGCUGGUGGUGAGCCUGACCCCUCAGACUCACAAACUGAUCGGGAAGAGGGAGCUGGAGCUGAUGAAGCCCACGGCCACGCUCAUCAACAUUAGCAGAGGUGCAGUAGUGGACCAAGAGGCACUGGUGACAGCUCUGCAGAGUGGGGGCAUCAGGGCUGCAGCCUUGGACGUCACCUCCCCGGAGCCACUGCCCAGGGACCAUGCACUGCUGAGGCUAAAGAAUGUCAUUGUCACACCUCACCUGGGCAGCAAAACAGACCAGGCCACCCUCAUGAUCACAGAGGAAGCAGUGCAGAACAUCCUGGCAGCUCUUCAUGGGCUGCCCAUGCCCAGUGAAGUGCUCCCCAGCUGAUGUGCCACAGCUCUCCUCUUUGAGUCUCUUCCCUCCAGCUCUGAAGGAUUUUGUUCUCCUGUCUCACUCCCCUGGGCACAGGUCCCACACAUCAAUAAAAAGCAGCUUUGGCAUUUUCAUUUCCUUGCAGGUGCUGGAGGAUUCCAUCACUGCCAGUCACAGCUGCCUGCAGGCAGGCUUUAGGCUGCUGAUUGCCAAGUGCCCCCCAGCU